AUGUUAUCAGUGUCUCCGGAGCCGGGUUCCAGAGAAGGCAGUGCAUCUGCCCCCCCCACAGUCCUGUGCCUCACCGCGCUCACCGAUCCUGACGUGCCCAGGAACUUCAGGGUGACCGCUUGGGACAGCAACAGCGUGACCGUGGGAUGGGACUGCCCCCCGAGCGACCCCGCCUCGGGCCUCACCGCCUUCCUGCUCACGGUCUUCCACGUGGACGGCUCUGGCCACGUCCUGGAGGAGAGGAGCUUCAGACACACGCUGGGCAGCCCGGUGUUCACCGUGGGCAGCUUGCCUCCCUGUAGCAGGGUGCAGCUGGGGCUUCAGGUGGUGUGCCAGUCUAUGGGCCAGUCCCGCCUCAGCAGGAUGGUCCUCAGCGAUGGAAACUCUGCAAACUCUGAAAUCAUAAACCUACACCAGUCCUCCUUUGGCUCCCGCAACUAUACGGUGAGCUGGUCUGUGCAGAACAUCUCCUCCAUCUCCAGCUUUAAGGUGUACCACCAGGGGGAGCUCCAGAGCUCCACGCUCCUCACCUGGCACACGGUGACAGGCCUGCUUCCCUGCCACCAGUACAGCUGCAGGGUGGAGGCCCUGUGUGGGGACAGCACGGUCAUGAGCGUUAGCACCAUCCAGACAAAAACAGGCUCUGGUGAAGUGUUGGGACUCCGUUGCAGAAGGACUCGUUAUGCCUGGGGCCACAGGUCUGCCUGGCAGUGCCCCAACGAUGCCCUGGAGGUGUGCUCAGAGUGCGAGGCUCGCAGACGAACACAGUCUGUGCUCUACUUGCAUGCAAGAGGAAUGUUCUGGCAGUGUUAA